UUGAAAUUACGCGACAGUUCGUGCGAUCCGUUCGGUUUGUCCGACAUUUCCAGCCGUGUCAUUUUCGUGGAACCUGGUGACGAAUUUUCAAUCGGAAGGGAGACAAGGCUAACAAGGAUGAAUCAGGAUCAAGAAGUACCAGCCACGACUACAGACUUGGCCAGACUGCCGAACGAAGAAUUCAACAGGCUAAACGAGCCACUUCAAACAGUCGCCACAGGAUAUUGUUCCACUAACUACCCCGUGACACAAACGAGCACCGAGGAGAAGCUGCAUCCUGAAAAUGAAAUAUACUCCACACCGGAAUAUAGACAAGAGCCGUGGCUUCAAGAUGGCAGCAGCUGCGAAACGGAAGACAACGAGCAGUACGUGCCGGAAUUUCAUCGGAUGUCAAAUGCCAGUGUCAAACAAGAAUCGACGAAUUGCAGGAGAAUCAGUGAUACUAAUUACUCGCAGUAUCAGACGCCAGUGAGCCAUCCACAUCCGCAAGGUGGCACGUUCCUCGAUCUUGAUCCAGAGAAUCGUAGUAAUUGCUUCGGGAACAAUAAAAUGAACUCGCGGACAACCGAAACGAAGAACGUGGCGGUGAAGGAGGAACCAGCGGACAGAGGAUACGGGGAGCCGAUUCCCGUGACGAAUAUCCCCACGUCAACCGCUCAGGACACUCGAAACAGCAAUAGCAUAGUUUACCAGCAACAGCAGCAAUACGGGAACGGGACGAGAAACGCUAGAGGCUCCCCAUCGCCUAAUCGGCCAGCCAGCACUUCCUCCGCAGCGUCUCAAUGGCAAUCGGCGGUUUCAGCCUCGGGUGAAGCUUUCUUCCCGCGGCAAGAGAACUGGAGUUCGGAAGUAUAUGGUAAGAGAAGCGUGACUCCCACGUGGACCGAGUUAGGGGUUCAACUAGACGCGAGAAAUCCGUCGUGGGAAAGGCAGAGUAAUUGUUACCAGAAGAAAGGAUCUCCUAGUUCGUGGAACGCGGAAUAUACCAGCAAGAGGCCAUCAUCGACGACAGGCGUGUCACCAUGGAGUGAAAUGUCUGUCGGUUAUCAACAGCAACGUCGAGGGUCUCUUCAGUUAUGGCAGUUUCUAGUCACCUUGUUGGACGAUCCUGCGAACGCGCCUUGCAUUGCGUGGACCGGCCGUGGAAUGGAAUUCAAACUAAUCGAACCGGAAGAGGUGGCUCGAAGAUGGGGAGUACAGAAGAAUCGACCAGCAAUGAAUUACGAUAAAUUAAGCAGAUCGUUGAGGUACUAUUACGAGAAAGGGAUAAUGCAGAAGGUGGCGGGAGAAAGAUACGUAUACAAGUUCGUGUGUGACCCGGAAGCACUUUUCAACAUGGCGUACGGUUCUGCAGGAUCGUCCGGCCUUGCUAGCGAAGUGCAGAACAGCGUUCGAAGUCAAUCGAUAUCUGGAAAGAUAUCGUCUUCGAACGAUGUUCCCGAAUUAGCGAAACAUCCCAGCAGUGGCUACGGUGAUGCAGUUCUCGCCAUGUAUUCGAAUACAGCAGCAGUGUACGGACCAUCCAGUUUGCAUCACCUGCACCAGUAUCUCGGCGGUAACGACGGCUUCAAGACACCGUCGAACAGAUACCACCCUCAUUACACGCACGAGUACAACGGAAGUCACCACCAUCCACCUUCGAGCUACACAGAAACCUUCCUGAACUACGGCCGCUUAUCGGCUCACGACGGCCCGACCGAAUCCAGAAGCCAGGAACUACCGAGAAUUCCAUACACGCAGGAAACGGAGGGUAUCAGCAGAGAACGAGAAGCGUCAUCGAUUUUAUACGACGGCGUACAGAGAACGCAAUUACCGGCUGCACCGACGCUCUCGCAGCCAACCUUGCUAGACGCUACCACCACCAGCUCGAAGAUCGAGCAAACUUCGUACGCCUGUCUCGGCGUAGGCAGCUGUGUCUGCUGAAUCUCUCUCAGCUUUACCGCAGGAUGGAAAAUCGUAUUCGCCGAGAGGAUCGAUUCUCGCGAGGGAAUCUCUAGUCGUAGAUCUCUACCCCGUACUCCGUGCACGUUUAUGCGAUUGUAUAGACGGCUAAGCGUAACGUGUACAGGCGUUAAAUGGAACACGCGAUUCGAACGUUAAUCGGUAUUCGUCCAUGGUCGUGCGUUGUCUUAAUUUAAGACAAAAAUUAGUCAGGAUAUCGCUCGGUAUCUCGAAUGAAUUAGUAGCAAUAUUUUAUUAUAUUUUAUGCUAAUUUAAGUAGGAAUCGAAGGGAUAAUAGAAAUCGAUUCCUCGAAAUAUUCUCACAAUUGGAUGCUUGAGAAUUCAGGCUCGAAUCGCGUGUACCACGAAUCUUGUAAAUAGUGAAGUUGGAAUGAUCGACUAAAAACCUUGUAG